AUGGCUGACCAGGAGAAUAAGAGAGUUACGAGAAUGGCGAAGAAGAGGGCUAUCGAGGCAAUCCAGUCUCAGUUGCAACCGGCAAAGAAGAAUAGAGUUGUGUUGGGUGAGCUCUCGAACAAUGCGACGGUGUCGAGGAACGAUAAGAUCGGAUCUCACAUGGCUAAGAUUCAAAAGACGAAAUUUAGAUCGAAGAAGGUGAAGAAGCCUGUCAAGGCGGCUGUGGAAAAGCAGGAACUGAUUGUGGAGAAGAUUGAGAAAUUGAGUGACCCUCAGUUGUGUGAAGCCUACGUUGCGGACAUUUACGAGUAUCUUAAUAACAUGGAGAAGGAGGCAAAGAGAAGACCAAUGGCAGAAUACAUUGUGAAAGUACAGAAGGAUGUUACUGAAAACAUGAGAGGUGUAUUGGUUGAUUGGUUGGUUGAGGUUGCAGAGGAGUAUAAGCUUCUUUCAGACACUUUGUAUCUGACCAUUUCCUACAUUGAUAGAUUCUUAUCCGGAAAUGCUCUUAACAAGCAAAGGCUUCAACUACUUGGUGUUUCUUCGAUGCUCAUUGCUGCAAAAUAUGAAGAAAUCAGCCCCCCACAUACAGAAGAUUUCUGUGAUAUCACUGAUAACACAUACACAAAGCAAGAGGUUGUGAAAAUGGAAGCUGACAUUCUUAAAGCUCUCAAGUUUGAAAUGGGCAAUCCGACAGUAAAGACAUUCCUUAGAAAACUUAUGAGGAUUGCUCAAGAGGACCAUGAAAUGCCAAAUUUGCAGUUAGAAUUCUUGGGUUAUUAUUUGGCUGAGUUAAGCUUGCUAGAGUAUGGUUGCCUCAAGUUUUUGCCUUCUAUGGUAGCUGCAUCAGUUAUCUUUCUUUCAAGAUUCACUGUCAACCCAAGCUCACAUCCAUGGAAUUCGGGUUUGGAGCGACUCUCUGGAUAUAAGCCAUCUGACUUGAAAGAAUGUGUUCAAAUGUUACAUGAUUUGCAAUCAAGCAAAAGAGCAGGCAAUUUGGUGGCAGUUAGAGAAAAAUACAAGCAACAUAAGUUCAAAUGUGUGUCAGAAUUAUCAUCUCCAUCAACAAUACCAGCUUCCUUCUUUGAUGAUGUUCAAGAACGAUGAUUUCUGUUUGGAUCAACCAGUACUU